GAAGUACAUGGCUCCAAUUCCCGGAGGGGACGUCAACUAAGCGGACCACCUACCUCCCGGAAGUGACGACACAGGGGCGAGCGGCGCCGCGGUCGGCCUUCCCGUGCGGGGCGCGCGCAGGAUGGCGGAAGCGGAAGGGAGUUCUCCGCUCCUGUUACAGCAGCCGCCGCCCCCUCCCCGGAUGGCGGAAGUAGAAACGCCGACGGGGGCCGAGACGGACAUGAAGCGGUACCACGGGUCCGGUGGCGUCGUCAUGGACGUGGAGCGGAGCCGUUUCCCCUACUGCGUCGUAUGGACACCCAUCCCGGUGCUCACGUGGUUUUUCCCCAUCAUUGGCCACAUGGGCAUCUGCACAUCCACAGGAGUCAUUCGGGACUUCGCUGGCCCCUAUUUUGUUUCGGAAGACAACAUGGCCUUUGGAAAGCCUGCCAAGUUCUGGAAACUGGACCCCGGGCAGGUAUAUGCUAGUGGGCCCAACGCGUGGGACACAGCUGUUCACGAUGCCUCCGAAGAGUACAAGCACCGCAUGCACAAUCUCUGCUGUGACAACUGCCACUCACAUGUGGCUUUGGCCCUGAACCUGAUGCGUUACAACAACAGCACCAACUGGAACAUGGUGACACUCUGCUUCUUCUGCCUGAUUUAUGGGAAGUAUGUCAGCGUUGGAGCCUUUGUGAAGACCUGGCUACCCUUUGUCCUCCUCCUCGGCAUUAUCCUGACUGUCAGUCUCGUCUUCAAUCUGCGGUGAUGGCUUUCAGAUGGUCUAAGCCUACCAGACCCCCUAGGAGGCCCCUGUCACUUGCCCCUUUUGGUCCCAAUUCUUUUAUCCCCACCCCUCAGACAGAGUUGGCUCCUGGGUUGGAAGUAGGGUCAGGACUUGGGACAGAAGUACUGAUGCUGAGCACCUGAUGAGGCAAUGGGGUACUUAGAGCCUUCUUGUCCUCUUUCUGGUCCUGAGACAUCACCUUUGUGGCAUCCCCAUUGCCAUCCUGGGAAGGCCUGCCUGCCUUUAGAGUGUCUCCUGCCACCAUCACUGGGCUACUCCCCAUGCCCAGGGCACAGUGAGGACGAGAACCCACAAGGCAAAGCAGGGUUCAGAACUGGAUUUGAAGCUGUUUCUGGCUGGUAGUUGUAUCCCAAAGUAGGGGAUGGUGUUAUGAGAAGUGCUGCAUGCCAAGAGACUUGGAACCUUCUCUGCUGGCCUGGAAUGGACUGGGAAGGCUGGCUGUGCUCUUUCUGUGUCUGCUAGAGACAUACCAGCAUAGUGUGUGCCUCAUCACUGCUAAUCUGGGCCCUGGCUAGCAGGAGCUGAAUGGCACUAAUGUGCAGAGUGGAUCCUCUGUGAAUCAGGUGACAUGAAUCCCACUUGUUUCCAGCCCAGGAGGCCUCAUGCUGGGGAUAGAACCCUUUAGGUCCAAAUGUGAGUGACUUGUCAGAGCAGCUGGUGCCCCUGGUCGGCUAAGUCUGCUUCCAGUUGCUACAAUGGGCCCUGUGCAGCCUGCCUCCCCCUGGCCCACAGGCUCCUUUAUAAGGGGCUCCCUGGCAGGAAAUAAAGUUUUAAGUCUAA